CCCCAUUUUUCCCUCUCCAGCGCACACAACACAAUACUCACACGCACCACCUCACCCACGCGGAAGAGGAGAGCUCGAGGAAGGAGACGCCGCCUUGCUGCCAGCUCCGUCGAAGACCAGCCCGCCACCGCUGUCGAGUCAAACUCGAGAGAGAGUGUGUGCAACGAUGAGAGAGGAGGAGCCGCCACCGAGGAGGGGAAAGAGGAGCUGCUCCCUCGCCAGUCACCGUCAUGCUUCCUGGUUGCCGAUGAGGGAGCCGCGAGAUCCGUUGCCAUCGCGAGAAGGGGGACACGCGAGAGGGAGCCCUCAGUGUGAUCGCUGUCGCAGCUGAAAUCAAAAUUUUACAGAUUCGACAAGGAAGGGAACCGGUGGAAGGAGAGAACCGAUGGUACCGUCAAGUUCCCGAAGAACAAGGUUAGUAGCAGGCUGUAAGCACUCCAAAUUAUUGAAAAAGGGUGCUAUAACAAAGAGAAUGACUGUAAUUAAAGAAAUGGCCGGAAUGGAUGUCCUAUGCAGUGAUAAAACAGGCACAUUAACUCUCAACAAGCUUACAGUGGACAAGAAUCUAAUUGAGGUCUUUGCUGAUGGAGUUAAUCAGGACAUAGUUGUACAGUUGUACUUAUGGCUACAAGGGCAUCAAGGCUAG